CAACGCUGUAUCUAUCAUGAUGCAGAUGCGGGUUAUGUCGGAGUUCACCAUUUGCCCUUGACAGAUUGCCUGCCAUAGACUCUGGUUUCUUGUCCACCUCAACAGCCUUCGCGCUCACCGCCAUGCUACAGCAUCCUUGUCACUCAUUGUCAAUCACACUCUUUUUGUUUGCGUCUAGUUUCACUUCUGCGGCCACGAUCAUUGUUGACGACUGGAACCAAGGCAUCCAGUGGAAUGGCGCGUGGGAGAGCAUAGGGGACCAGCCAGCUCCCACUUGGGACGGCUCGCUCCAUUGGGGCAACCUAUCUGGUUCGACGGCGACGUACACGUUCGCCGGCACCUCCAUACAGGUCGUAGGAGCAUUCAAACCUGUCGGUACAUGGAGCAUGGAGUCGCAGUACACGAUUGACGGCGGCGAUCCGACGGUGUUUACCCCGCCAUCAGAGGUCUCUCAAGAGGCCUACGCGCAGACAUUCUUCGAUUCGGGCCCGCUUCCUGCCGGAGAGCAUACGCUCUUGAUCACAAACCUGGGCGCACAACUGUGGAUAGAUUGCCUGCGAGUCUCCAAUGACACCGUGUCGAGAAAUACGAGUUCUCAAGGGCAGAUUGACAUUGGGGGUUCUCAUUCCACUACUACGUCGCAAUCUUCAUCCACCACUACAUCCCCGCGCCCUACGUCCAGUAGCAGCACCCGUCCAAGGGCGGAGAGCACGUUGUCAGCCACGAGAACGUCAACCUCGACCCCAGUCAAGCUGAUUAACUCUACAUCGACCGUCACCAUCCCGCCAUCUCUAUCUUCCUCUGCGUCAUCAGUUUUCGAAUCCAGCUCUCAGCUGCCCUCUUCUUCCGCGACAUCUUUGAGCGCAUCUUCGACCACCCAAGCAUCGGAAAUGACCCCAACGCACUCACCAGAGAGCACUCGCCCCCGUUCGAAUGGGCUUGUGAUUGGGCUAGUAGUCGCCUUGGUCGCCGUGCUGGGGACCCUUCUUGGGACUGUAUGCUGGUACCGCAGGAGGCGCUCACGCAAUCUCACCCCUGUACAACCGUACUUCUUCUUCUCUUCGGACGCGAUGAUCCAGCCCGUCUCUCAGCCCUCCGUACUCGACGAGAAGGUUCACCACUCGCUAUCCUCCGCCACCCCCAACCUCCGCUCUGCUCCCGAGCCCCUGGCCUCGUCUAGCAUGUCCUACAUUGGCGGGCACAGCGAUGUGGAUGUCAGGCGGCUGUCUCAGGCAUCGGCGCAGUGGUCUGUGGACGGCGGCAUUCGCAUUGCGGGUGGUCCACACGGCGGAGAUGCGCCGUCUAUCGCCUCACGACAGAGUUUGAAGGACAAGUUUCCCCCACCGUAUCAGACGUAUCCAUCUGCAUAAGACGGUAUCGCCGCGAGCGUUCGGAAGCGGGAUGACUUUCGAUGUGCAUUACACGUCAUACAGUACCGUAUGUACGAGCGAACGGGAGAGAGCCAUCUGUGCACUGUACACUGUACUCACUCGUGUUAUGCAUCUCGGCUCGCAAUGUUUUGCAACUUGUAUCUUACUGACGCACGCUGGAUAGUCCAUUG